AACUGACCUUGUAAGUUAGUAGUCGAUCAAACGCUGUACCGUCAACGUGGAAGCAUGGAUAAAGUUAAGGAAGUACUACGUAAGGCAGACGCUGUAUGUUUCGAUGUAGACUCGACAGUAAUAAAAGAGGAAGGCAUAGACGAAUUGGCGAAAUUUUGCGGAAAGGGCAAGGAGAUAGCCGAGCUCACAAACAAGGCGAUGGGUGGAUCCAUGACCUUCCAAGAAUCCCUCAACCUUCGCAUGAACAUUCUCCAACCAUCUGUAACCAAGAUUAAGGAAUUCCUGAACAGAAACCCUGCCAAUUUAUCUCCUGGAAUCAAAGAGGUGGUCGAUACCCUCAGGAGGAGAAACGUGGAGGUGUAUUUGGUCACUGGCGGAUUCAGAUGUAUCGUAUCACCGAUAGCCAGGCAGUUGGACAUCCCUGAAACGAACAUCUACUCCAACAGGAUGAAGUUUUAUUUCGACGGAGAGUACGCUGGUUUCGAUGAGAAUCAACCGACUUCCAGGAGCGGUGGAAAGGCUGAGGUUGUGAGGAUUUUAAAGGAGAAAUUCGGAUAUAAGAAUUUGGUUAUGAUAGGCGAUGGUGCCACUGAUUUGGAAGCUUGCCCUCCGGCCGAUGCUUUCAUAGGUUAUGGAGGCAACGUGGUGAGAGAAGGGGUGAAGAGGAAUGCCAAGUGGUUUGUAGAGGAUUUCCAAGAGGUUAUAGACGCCCUGAAAUAGGAAUAAUUUGGAAUAUCGUAUAUGAUUUGUAGAUAUUGUUUGGAUGAAUAAAUUGAAAUUUUGGGA